GCGGUCACGAGAGCACAGGCGGAGUGACGUCACUCGCCUAAAACCGGGCAGCAGCCGUUGAGCGGAGUCUCGAGCCAGAGACGAGGAGUCCGUGAACGGCUCAACUUUUAAUGUAUGCGGGCCGAGGCGAGCCGUGCCGCGCUGUUUUCCUCUUCUUUAUCCCUCCUCCUGGACGGCUCGGCUCCGUUGUUGUCCUACUUGUUCAGUAGCUAAUCUGCUUUUUUUUAUCCUUUUAAUUUUUUGGCGAAACAGGCUAACAACAACAAAAAAGCGCUUGUCUCUCUUAUGUCUCACCGUCCUGAGAAACACACGAACCGGGGCCUUGACUGAGCGAUUGAGUGAGUGACUGCAUGGAUCAGACUGAACAUGAAGAGCCUCAAAGCCAAGUUUAGGAAAACCGAUACCAACGAAUGGAACAAAAACGACGAGCGCCUGCUUGCUGCGGUCGAACAUGGCGAGGUGGAGAAAGUGGCAUCGCUUCUUGCCAAGAAAGGUGCCAAUGCUGUGAAGCUGGACAGCGAGGGCAAAUCAGCUCUCCAUGUUGCAGCUGCUCGUGGUCAGACGGACUGCUUAUCUGUCAUCUUGUCUCAUGGAACCGAUGUGUCGAUCACUGAUGGUUCUGGUUCGAGUCCUUUACACCUGGCUGCCAAAAACAAUCACAUUGAAUGCUGCAGAAAACUCAUUCAGAAUAAAUGCCCUAUCGAUGUGGUAGACGGCUCAGGAAAGACGGCGCUGCAUCACGCUGCUGCCAGCGGGAACAUCCAGAUUGUCCAACUGCUGUGUGAACUCAAAAGUCCCAUCAACCUGAAAGAUGCAGAUGGCCUCACUGCUUUGCUCUUGUCAGCCAAACACGGUCAUGCUGAAGUAUGCAGCUCUUUGCUGGACUGUGGUGCUGAAAUCAACACCUCUGACAACAGCGGCAGGACGGCCUUGAUGCUCGCCUCUGAGUCCAACGCGGUGCCUGUUGUUGAAUUGUUGGUUCAGCGAGGAGCUGACCUGUCAGCUGUAGACUCAGAAGGCCAUGAUGUUGUACAUUAUGCCAAGCUGUCAGGAAACCCAGACGGCAAAGUGGCCCUGAUGGCUGCUCUCAACAGACAUCCAGUCGUAGAUAUCAAGUCUCCUAAAAGUCCUCAGCAUGAUCAAGUAGCUAAGCUAAGUGAUGAACGGAUCACAACUCCCAAAAAACGAAAAGCACCUCCACCUCCUAUUAGCCCACCGCAGGCAUGUGGAAAAAUUAACCCAAAAAGUAUUGACUUAAUCCUUCUUCAGAGCUCUGGACCCUCCUCUCCUUCAGUCAUUACAUCAACUGGCACUCCUGCAUCCAACAAAAGUGACACUCCCAAAAGAUUCAACUACAAGGAGGAUGAGGUCAGAGGAACGGCACUGAGAGAGGAGGUUGAGAAGCUGCAUGAGGAGAGAAACAUGCUGCUGGAGACAAUCGAAGACCUGAAGCAGACGGUGGAGACGGUGGCUGGGCCUGAGCUGGACACAAAGGUCGAGCAAAGUUUUACGGCGUCUGCAGCUCUGGUUUCUGCUCUGCAAGCCAAGAUUGCUGCUCUUACUUCGGAGAACCAGCAACUAGCGAGCAAACUGAAGAAACAUCCGUCCCUCCAAGGAAAUGAGGACCUGAAGGACAGCAGUCGUCCAAACAGCAUGGCCUCCAACUCCUCCUUCCACUCCACCCAGGACGAGUUUGACUCGGUGCCACAUGUCACCUUCACCACCACCGAGGACGGGGAAGGAGUCGCUUCUGUCCGGCUGGAAGAAGACGAGGGUGAAGGAGGCCGAGGAGGAGGCCAAGAGGAGAUCCGACUGUUGAGACAGGCACUAGAGAGCGUUCAGAUAAAACUUCUCGAAACCAGGAAGGAAAACCGCUCGCUUCAGGCUCAGCUGAAACCUGAGCGAGGCCGAGAAAGAGAGGAUGAGGACGGCGUCAGAGAGAAAGGACGAGAGGAAGAGUUGAUGGAGAGUCUGGCAGAGCUGCAGGCGAAGCUGACGGACACUCAGGAGAGAUACCACCAAGCUAUGGAGGAAGUGGAGGAUCUGAGAGUGCAGACGGCAAGAGAAGGAGAGCUGAUGGACAAACAGGAGGUCCACGGAUGCAUCUCAUCUACACUUGAACAUGAAGUAAAACAGCUCAAAGCUCAGCUCGCCCAGUCAGGCUCCGAGCAAGACAAAGCAGCUCAACAAAUCAGACAGCUGGAGGAGGUGUUGAGGAAGACGGAGGAGGACAGACGGACAGUGAAGGAGAAAGAACAGAGGACGGCACAGAUGGAGGAGCUGUACAAGGAGGCACAGGAGGAAGUCAAAAUGCUGCAGGAGGCUCUGAGGGGAACGGUGCCUGUUGAAGCAGCAGCUAAAGACUUUGAAGAGAUGAAGGCUGAGCUAAACGAGGUAAUCGCCGGGCUGCAGCGUCGCUUGCUGGAACUUUCACACUCCUACAGCGAAACCAAGAGUCAGCUGAGUGCUGCUCAGAAACAGCUGGUGGAGGCCCGAACAGAGAGCAGCGCUGCUUCAUCUCCCUCCACAGAACAACAGGUCCAGGUGUUGAACAGUAAAGUGGAGGAGCUGCAGGCGCUGCUAGCUGAGACCGAGAAGAAGUAUUCAGCCACUCUAGAGGAGAUUUCACUACUGAGGCAGGAGGCAGAAGCUCAGGCACGGAGCUCCGUGGCUCUCGCCGACCACACACAGGUUAUGUCAUCUCUGGGAAACGCCAUCAAGGAGCUGGAAAGUGAAGCAGAAGCUCUAAGAGCAGAACUGCACCAAAAGACAGUGCAGCUGGAGGCUGUUCAGAACAGGCUGACGGCCGAGAACGACGUCACCUCGGGUGACUCGGUCUCCCGUCUGGAUCAUGAGACGUUGAGGGAGCAGCUGGAGGGUGAAGUGAACCAUCUGACGCAGCUCCUCCAGGAGGCCCUCAGGAAGCAGGACGAGAUGGCUCUGGAGGCUGCUGACGCCUGGCAGAAGGCGCGGGAUAAUCGUGCUGAGCGGGAGGCCCUGCAGGAGCUGGUGAUGUCGAGGGAGAAGGAGAACCAGACGCUGACCUCCAAACUCACAGAGUCUCAGGAUGCCGUGUCUCAGCUCAAACAGCUGGUGGAGAAUCACGUUGCUUCUGAGAGAGAAAAGAACAAAAGGAUAGAUGACCUGUCUCGGGAGGUAGGGAAGCUAAAGGAAGCCCUGAACAGCCUAUCACAGCUCUCCUACAGCUCAUGUUCUCCCUCCAAGAGGCAGCAGCAGAACCAGCAGCUGGAGACCAUGCAGCAACAGAUCAAACAGCUGCAGUACCAGCUCGCUGAGUCAAAGAAGCAGCACCAUGAAAUAGUGUCCGUCUACAGGAUGCACCUCCUCUACGCUGUCCAGGGUCAGAUGGACGAGGACGUGCAGAAAGCCUUGAAGCAGAUCCUGAUGAUGUGUAAGGUGCCAAGCCAAGCCAAGGAGGCCUGCUGAGAGAUGAAGAACGGUUCUAGAAAGAACGCUGAAGACAGAACAAGCCGACACGCGGUGCCUCUGGAUGAACGUUGACAAUUUGUUUCUAAGGAGUUGGUUUACAGUCAAGUGUUCGUUGCCUUCGCUGGUGCCAUUUUUUCCCCUAGAACUGUCUUCAGGCCCGAUGGUACACAAACCCCUAAACAGAUGAGGUUUAUGUUUACAUCAGCUGUCCCACCUCACUCACUUUCUGUUCAUCCCAAUCUUUGGCUAUUAGAGGAAAAGACUCAUAAAUCCGUCCCUCAAAUCCCACCUUCCCCUCUUUAAGCUCAUGGUUAAUCAACCUGCAGCUAAGCAUCAGGUCAAGCGUUUUGAAGGCGACACAAAAGUGAACUCGUAUUUUGGAACAGCACAGAUUUUAAAAAGGCAAAUAUUUUCCAAAUGACUGGAUAUCUGCUGUCAUUGUUCAGUCUGGGCCUGGGCAGCUGUAGGGGAAAUUCUGCUUCUGAACUCACGUCUAGUAACCCGUUUACACCUGAUGUUAGCGUGUGAUCUGUAGCUGGGUAACUUCUGGACUACAAAUAUGGUGUCAGUGACAUAACACUACAGAACACUUUAUGAUGGGGUAACUGGUUAGAGCAGCUUAUGUUCACAAUAACAGGUCAAUGCGCAGAAAAACUGUCUGCUCUUCAUAAACAGCUUUUCUAAUCAUGUCUAGAUCUGUGCACUGAUAGUGGGAGGAUCUCUGAGGAGGACAAGAGUUCCUUAAAGACGUUUCAUCGUUCUGUUGGCCUUAGUAUGAUGAUAUAAUCCUAAAACAGACAGAUUUAAGCCCUGAAGCCUUGUACUUGUUCACCUUAUAAGACCUGCAGUAAGCCUGCGCACCACUUUGAAUGAUGUUACGAUAUUUUUGUGUAAGAAUAAAACUCAAAAUGUCUCAGAUGCCAUAAGAACACAUUAUUUUUGAAGAAAAGUAAGCAUUUUCUAUCCUAACCAAAAUGAAAACAAUAUAAAAAGUGACUGUAGCAUCAGUCUCCUGUGUACAGCAGCAUUCAGCAUCUCAUCUUGUCCUUUCUCACUGCAUCACAUUCAUCUUAUCAUCAUCAGUCCUGCACAGCUAAUUCAUCUUCAUCUUAAUUAUUUAAGUUCUAUUAUAUUCACUGGUGAUUUAUAUGUCAAAAUUACGCAGGUUUAAGAGUGUAGAAAGUGUUUAAGAGCAUAGGAAGUGUUUAAAAGAGCGUGGGAAAGGUUUAUAAAGCCUUAAAAUAUAUAGAUAUAAUAAAAUAAGUAUGGUUGCUACUUGGUGGAUUUUCGUUGGGCGGAUCUGGAACGUAACCCCCGCUACAGACGAGGGACCACUGGAGUUUGUUUUUGUGAGAAAUCUGCAGCUCUUGACCCGUCAGUCAUUGUGAUUAGACUUCAUAGGUGGAUUCAGAACCGUUGGAUUCACUAAACAAGUUGAUCCAGAUGCAGAUCACAUUUUUAAAUCGGGUGUAAACGAGGUUUAAAGGUCAUAAAAGUUACGAUGGAAGAUGUUUUUGGGGAAACCUCAGCCCAGUGACCGUGGUUUUCUUGUGCGCACUCGCCAAAUUUCUAAUCUCAGUACUUCACCAUUGAAAAUGUGCCGUAACCUUAAAUCACAUGCAGUUGCACAGCUGUAAUAAUUCAAAGUGUGUGAACUGUGACUUGUGUGCACUAGUCAGUCCAAAAAACAGUGAACAACAGGCGCUGCUGUCAGUACUAUCUAUUUUAUGAUACAACAGUAUUGGUAUUAUUUUAACUCUUCUCUAAGUGUUUCAUGGUUUUCCACAUGUAUCUGAUACAAUCUAAAUUAUUUGUGCCCUUUGAAUAACGCAUGUAAACGCCCAGAAAUCCCUUUUUGGUCGCACUUGUUUGAAGAAAAAGAUAAACUCUCUAUUGAUAUUUUCCUAUGAGACAAAAAAAAAUGUGUACAAAUCUCUACUUUACUGACUUGUUUUAUUACCAUGUCAUGUUUUCUACGUUACUGUACUUACAUGAAGAGGUGUGAUAGCUGUGUUCUUCAUGGCCUUGUCUGUGUUUUGUGUGAAUGAGAAGCUUUUUCCUCGAGUAUAACGACACACUAUUUGUUCUAGCGACACCUGACUUAGUUUAUUUUCCUGUUACUAUUCAUAUUUUACAUAUAUGGGGUUGACUUUAACUGUUUACUGUAGUAAUAACAAAGGAAAACAUUUCAACUGUAACAAAAUCCCAAGUCAGAUUUGUACUUCUUACAUUUUGUUACUUGAAAAGCGUGUAAAAUGUAUCGGCUGAAAUCAAAUCAUUGAAUCAGACAGUAUUUUAUCUGGCUUCCAUGUACAAAUGAUUAAUUUAUUUACAUUUACCUCUCUGUGCUUCUUCAUAGGUACAGAAAUCCACUGUACGGUGUUUGAGAAUACAAUUCAGAUGCAUUUCUUUUUGUCUUCUAGAGGCUUCUCAACUGUUUUCACUCAACACUCCUUUGCCUUAUCCCCGGCCUUAGAGAUCACCUUUCUGCUCCACGGUGUUGAAGCUCGUUGGAAAUUCACACAAACUUAACGUUGUCGAACUGGAGUGAACCCUCGUUUCUCUCAGUGGAGUGGAGCCUCUGCAUGUCUGUGUUUUAGGAUGUAGGAGGUCAUGAAUUCUCUUUCUCUUUAGGCCUUGACUGAAACGUUUUGUACCAAGAAAGGGAAACAAAGAAAUAGCUUUUUUUCUGCAAGUCAUUUCUUUACUAACAGUUUUGUAGAGACAGAUAAAGAAAUGCCUGUUUGCCAACUGCAUUUUGCCCACAUUAAUAAAUUUUCAAGAUACUGUAA